CUUGUCCCUCCCAUUCGUCCUGUAGUCGCCUUUCAGUUGCAGUGACGACUGCGAGAGCAGCUCGACUGCGAAAAGCAAGCGCUGAACGUCGAUUAGCCCAAACCGACGUCGACGGCGACAACGAAAAACGUUGCCGUUAGAUUGCAGAGGAGAACGGCUACGACUACCCACUAUACUUGUAGCAACGGCACUAUUACUAUCAUAGCAAGUAAACCGGUCGCGCAGGAGUCACGCGCUUCUAUAACGAUGCUCGCAUCAGUAGUUCCGAAGCACAGUUGGUCGUACCUUGGAACUUUGUAACUUGACUUAGUACAGCCGGCGAACACCGCUGUCGUUGGGAUUGUUUUUCCUCUUCGUCGAUAAUGUUGUCGGCGGAGCUGCGCGAUCAGCGUAAGCAUUAUUGCCAGAGAUAAAUGUUUCCCUUUCAGGGAUGACAGCGUAUGUUCGCGUCAACCGAGUUGAUGUUGUGCGGUGGCAGUGAAAAACACAUCGAGUUUGUGUAGUGAUUAUGGUGGCGCUGUCGCUGAACGAUGCCAGUGGAGUACUGAAGUCGCUGAAGAAGAAAAACGACAGAAUUAAGCGAUUUAUGAUACAUUAGAGUAGUAUCCGUAGGUGAGGUACUCUAAAAACGCGCGAUAAGUCAAUGAUUGCAGGCUUGAAGGGCAAAAAAGUAAGACAGGGUGUUGCUUAAUGGUAUUAAUCGGGAAGUUAAAGCUGGUUAAAAUCACAAUGCCGAAUGAGAGGGUGCUUUGAAGAAAAACAUCCACCUCAGCUCUGAGAAGUGUCGUCACCCAUAGAUAUUUUUAGAAUAAUUUCUAAGCUGCGGAGACUCGUUUCAACUCGAUGUAUGGCAUACUGACGCUACUGCAUAACCCACAAAUUUGACAAAGCAUCGUCAUUAAUAAUUUUGCCGAAAAUUGAAGAAGAAGCCGGGUUUAACUAUUUGAUUGGAAGUUUGUCUACAUCGUCGACGCGUAAUAGGAUAUACGCUUUGGAUAGCAAGACAAAUGAACGUGUCCACUAGAACGCCGUUGCCUCGUUGACAGGGGGUGCGACUGCCAACCGAUGGGGUGCCACUGUCUGGCCUAUUCAGCGCUACUGCUCGCUGUUCUGGCUUCGGCGGGCGCCGUGUCUUGUCCUCCUAUUACAUUGCUCGGAUACGACUGUGAAUGCAUAGAAGAAGUGGAAAGUUGGACAGCGAAUUGUUACGAGGAAAUCAAAAUGGAUUUGUCGUUGGAUCGUGGCAGCAGCCCAGUUACGGCCAUGCCCACGUAUCGGCCUCUAAGCAGCUCCUUAGAACAGGUCAUAUUGACGACAGUAGAAUCGACAAAUACAGUAAUGGCCGGAACUUCACCGCAUCAUAAAGAGAACGGUUUCAUGGAUCUGAGCGUGGACACGAACGAUGGUAGCCAUAACGGCCUGGAUGCAGAGGAUAAGGAGGGAACACCUCUACCACAACAGGCGUCAAUGGGGCGUCGGGAUGAUCGAAACGAUCGAGUGCCGAUGGUUGUAGACCCUCGGGGUCAUUCCAAACGAGAGGAGAGAAUUUCACACUCGAAAUUGGACGAGAAGAACUCGCAGACUGAACAUUUAGUAAAAAUACAUGUGCAUGGCGUUCGAAGUAAACGUGCUCAACUUACAUCGGCUCACAGUUUUGAACUUUUGGAACCAAAUAAACUAAAUCCCGCCUUCAGUAUUCGCUAUUACCCAGGGACAACAGCUGGCGAGCUCCGGAAGCUACUGGUGAUCUGUGGCACAGCAAAUAUGGAGAUACGAGAAUUUGUCGGUCAUCUUGCUGUCAAAGUAAAUAUUUUUACUUUUGACAGCUGUUCGCUGCCCCAGAAUGUAACUUUCGCCGAUAUAUUGAGAGGAAACAUUGGAGAACUCGUCCAGUUCGAGAUCACACGACCGAAGCUUUUGUCAUCGACAUUGAACAAGGCCCCUUUUGAACGACUGCCAGAAUCCAUAAAAAACUUACAAAUAACAUACAGCAACGAUAUGGGAAGACCGCUCAAGCAGUUUGAGGCCGGAUUUUUUGAAACCUUCAUAAAGUUGGAGUCGCUCAUUUUGCGUAACAAUGGUAUUAGUGAUCUGAAAGAGUUCAGGAAUCUAUCAGCUCUAAAGGAACUUUCACUUGUAGGGAAUCCUUUGACUGAACUCAACCAAUCCACUUUUGCCAACUUGGACAAUCUUCAAUGGUUACAGCUAAGUAGCUGCGAUAUUAAGACCAUACAUCCAAAUACAUUUAAUCAUCUGACUGGGCUUAAACAGCUGAAUCUCGCAAAAAACAGGUUUAAAACCAUACCGUCUAAGGCGUUUUUCGGGUGCCGCUCUCUUACCGACCUAGGCGUUGACUUCAAUACUCUGACAGACGGUAUUUCUGAAGAAGCGCUUGAAGGUCUUGCUGAAAGCCUUAACGAGUUCUCCUGUAGAAGUUGCAAUCUACGGUCCCUGCCGAAGCGACUUUUCCACAGGGUACCGAAAAUGAAAAUCCUUCGCCUUUCCAAUAACAGAAUCCAAACUUUAGACGACGAUGCAUUUAGUCGGUCACAAAAUCUCGUAGAACUUAGCAUGCCGAACAAUGAUCUAAGAUCAUUGACUAACCGAACGUUUGAGAAUCUUGAAGAGCUGGAAAAACUUAAUCUAUUCGAGAACGACCUUAUUACUCUACCCGGUGGUAUCUUCAGUCAUAACGGGCGGCUCAAAGAACUCGACUUGACGGGAAACUCUCUUGAAGGUCUUCCUGACCGUCUUUUGGAACACCAGCUGAAUCUUCAGACACUUAAACUAGCCAGAAACAAAUUAAAGAACCUUCCGCAACUACUCACGGGGACAUUAAAGGCUCUCGUCCACUUAGAUCUCUCGAAUAAUUCACUGACAGUAAUGCCGUUUCUGUAUCUAACGGCCCUAAGAAAGCUCGAGGUACUCAACCUAUCAUUCAACAAUAUACGGAACAUUUCAGUAAUUCCAUUCCUUUCGCCUAAAAUUGAUAUUGAUUUAAGCGGCAAUCCCGUCGAACGUGUAAAUGUUCUCAACAGGAAAGACCUUAAAAAAGGAGGUAUGACAUCCGACUACUUAGAAUUGUCUAAUGGCGCUAAUCGGCGGUAUUUCCUUGAUACUAAGAGUCUCAUCUGCGAUUGUCAUCUUCUAGAGUUUCACUCUUAUUUGACUAAGGAUAACGAGCAGGAUUUGGGUUAUUUUGAAAAGAAUAAUUUAGUGUGCACGACAGGGAAGAAUAUGGCCGGUAUGAAUGCGACUGACUUUACCUGUCUGGUCGCCGAAAAGGAGGGUUGCCCUUCAGAACGCUGCAAGUGUUUCAUAGAGCCAUCGAACGACGGUUUUGAGCGGCUUAGGGUUAACUGCACAAUGGCUGGACUUAGAUCUAUCAUAAGACUACCGCUUAAUGUAACUGACCUCGAUUUUCAGUACAACAAUAUCACCGAGAUUCCUUAUCUUGCUAAUUAUACCCAGUUGAAAAACGUAAACUUUUCAAAUAACUACAUUAGCGACAUUACCAGCUUCAUCAUGUCGGCUCCAUCUACGCUUAUCUCGGCGUCAUUUCGCAACAAUCUCAUUAAAGAAAUUGAUUCAAGAGCCAUCAAGGAUCGGCUAAUUCAAUACAAUCUAGAGUUGUCUGGUAACUUGAUGAUCUGUAAUUGCGACGCCGUACGGCCGCUGGCAGAAUUCGUCAUGUUUAAUGUCAAAUACAUACCUGACAGGGAGGCCAUUGUCUGCUCCGAAUCGUUUCCUGCUGGCGACAGCCAUGACACGCGAUUAAUAAAAUAUGAUCAGGAGUUCUGCCCGGCAAAUUUGCAACAACAGCAGAGAAAAAUCAAUACUUACGUCGGCGUGACAAUUGGCAUCGCUGUCAUAUUGAUAGCGCUCAUUGUCUUCUACUAUAACAACCAGAAGCGAAUUAAGAUCUUUCUCUACAUUAACUUCUACGACGUGUAUGUCGUGAUAUACGGACAAGAUCUCGAUGGAAAGGAUAAAAUGUACGAUGCUUUUUUGUCCUAUUCUGAACACGAUGUUGAUGUUAUGGACGCGAUUCUAGCCGAACUGGAACGUAAAGACCCUGAAACAAAUGAGCAGGAGUUUAAGCUGUGUGUACAUGGACGUGAUUUCGAACCUAGCUUACCUGUUGUGUACAACAUUCUCAACUCCGUGCAAAAUUCACGUCGCACCAUCCUUGUACUAUCAGAGAAGUUUGUCGAGUCAACUUAUUUCAACGUCGAGUUAAGCACCGCCCUCAGUGAGAUGGCAUCUGCCACCGAGCAUCGGCUUAUUAUUGUGCUCAAGGGCGAAAUGCCACCGAUGGAAAAGAUGGACAAAGAUUUGCAGAAGAUAAUCAAAGAUUACACUUAUAUCAAAUGGGGAUCACGCUGGUUUUGGGAUAAUCUCCGCUAUGCGAUGCCGCAUAAACGCCCGCGGAACAGACGCGCUCGCCGGCAUAAUUCAAGGGAUACACGAAAUGAGCUGGAUCACUCGACUUAUAUCCUAAACAAGCAUUCGAAAAAACCGACGGCAACGGAGGUUGCUCGUAAGCAGGAACAGCUUGACAAUGAACGAAAUCGGCUACGCUCAGCACGUUCAGCGACGGAUGACGAUGGGCCUUCAGUUAUUGGGCAAUCAGACAAGACCCAAGAUUCAGUUGGGCGAGGAAAAAUCCUCACGGGACAAGUGAACAACGCAUUUGAGCUUUUGAACAUGGAUGAAAUUCGGGUACAUUGUGACUCGAUUAAUGGAGAUUCAUUUCGAAGCAACGAUAGCAUGCAUAAUAGCGGAGUAAACUUUUCUCAGCAAGAGCUGCCAUCCGAAGCGCCCAGACUAGCGUCAGCAAGGCACCGUCCAAGUGGCGUUGUGAGGCCACCAAGACGAAAACACAGAGAUUCUACAGAGGCUUAACUAAUCACGACAAUAUCUAACUGUUGUAAAUAUUUAUUAUAGAGAAAGUGUCACAAAGACGUUCCGAAGGUCGUUCUGUAAUGGUCCAAUUAUUCAUAUCAAUAUACCAGUAAUAGUCAGUAGUGCAAACGAUGCAUUAACUGGUAUUGAGGAAGCCUUAUUAUUACGCUUUGUCAGUAGACGGACGCUAUAAAAACUUUGUCUCCAAUCAAAACUGAAAAGUUACCGCAGCUUGUUCGCCAGACGAGACCGCACUCGCUUUGAAGGCUGUGUAUUAGACAAACGUAUCGUUUUAUAUGACACUUCGUUGUUCUCUUUUCGUCUACGAUGGCCAUGUUUGGAGCAAUUAAAUCAACGACAGUAUGAUGAUCGGAGCGAUGAUAGUUACGGGUGUGUUUAUGUAUAUAAUAGUGCUAUUGUAAAUAUGAAAAGGCACAUGCCGAAUGGGCGUUCUGCUAUCAGGACAAAUAAAGCCCCAUCG